AAAACCCUUGUCAUAUAAUCACAAAAGUAUCAAAACUACACCUGUUAUAACCAAAUUGCAUAAAUAAAUUUUGGAAUGGCUAAGAGCUAUUCUCAUUCUGCUUCCAUGGUAGUAGCAGAGAAGAUCUCGUGGUACUGCGCUGUGUUUGCCGCCAUGAUGCUGCUGAUGAACUGCUGCCAUGUAGAAGAGGAGGCCGGUUCCACGAAUACCAUCGUGCAUAAGCAGCAACCAUCGAUGAUAAUCCCCAGAUAUUCUUAUCGGCGGCCAGCAUGCGAUGAGAUAUAUGAAGUGAAAGAAGGAGAGACGUUGCAGACGAUAAGUGAGAAGUGUGGAGAUCCAUACAUCGUUGAAGGGAAUCCUCAUAUACAUGACCACGAUGAUGUUUUCCCUGGUUUACUCAUCAGAAUCACUCCUUCCUUUUAAUCUCGAUUGAUUAUUCAAUGUAUUAAUCUUUAUUUUCUUUGAUGUACUUGUGAUUGUGAAGUGUGAAUUGAUAAAAUAUACAUAUUUAUAAUCACUCCCGAUCUGAA